GGAUUUUGUUAGACAGCUCUUAUCAGUCAGCUGUUGGUCAUCUGAUCAUGUGCGGCUCGCUCAUGUUAUGUAUUAAUUGAAUACAUAAUAAAGAAAUUAAAUUAAUUAGAUUGCGUUUAAUACACACACACACACACACACACACACACAUAUAUAUAUAUAUAUAUAUAUAUAUAUAUAUAUGUUUAUAUAGUGUUCAUAACGUUCGCUCGAUUCGUGCGGUUGUCGAGACAUUAGGAGAUCUAACAGAGGAUUAUUUUACUCGAGCCCAUCUAUUAUUAGUUUAUAUUGAACAAGUAUCUUAAGUCUGUGUUGUGCGUGAUGUCUGGACCAAACGGAGAUCCCCAUAUUUCAGCUGACGAUGGAAUAAUCGAUGAUGAAGACGAAUUCAAUGAUGAAGAAUAUGGAGCAAUCAAUUCCAUGUUGGAUCAGAUCAACUCCUGCCUGGAUGAUAUGGAGGAGAGGAAUGAUGCACUGAAUGGCAAACUGCACGAGCUGCUUGAGUCUAACAGACAAGCCAGACGAGAGUUUAGAGGACAGCUUCAUGAUGCAGAAGAAGAUCAGCAGGAGCAACCUCCUCAUCCUCCUCCACCCACUGAGGAUUUAAAAUCCAGAGACUCGCACAAUGAAAACUAAAUGAUUCCAUCCUUUUGUUUUAUCUCCCUGUCUGUUUUCUGUUGCUGUUUCAGAAUCAUUCAACAGUGCAACCAGAUGUAAGUCACAUAGACGGGAAGUGAAUUCCUCAUGUAGAGUGAUAUUUGCAUGUAGAGAAUAUAUUUUAUUUCUGUUGUAAUGGUCUAAAAUGCAUUGUUUUAAUUAUAUGUAUAUUAAGCCACUAGACUUUGUUGCAAUACAGUGAUUAUAUUUGUUCAAAGGUAAAGUGCAGAAAGCCUUGUUAACUUAGUGUAAAAUCACUAUAACACUCCAACUCAAAGCGCUUACAGAACAGCAGCGCAAUACCAUAAGAGACUGUGAUGUUCAAUAAACAGCUCAUGUAUUAAUAAUAUUAUUUUUAAAUCUACAUAUAUAUAUACAAAAUAUAGUUAAUUUACUGUAGACUGCUUGUGGUUGGCAAGCACCGAGAAUUAAGUGCAGUUGCAUUUUAUUUAUGUAUGUAGCAUUGUGUAAAUAAACCAAAGCCCUUUUAA